GUCGGAAUUCAAAGUAUAAUAUAUACAUAAUAAUUUCAAGCCACAGUCCGAUUUAUUCUUGUCUAGUGCGGCGAUAGGCGUUACGUUUGAUCGAUUCGUGUCUGAUCUAUCAGCUGUCGCGAUGUCGGAAGCAAUACUCUCGCAGCGAGGGUCGGCGCUCGCCAAACGCUUUGAAAAGUCCCAUCUAGGAGCCGUGCUGAAGGUCGCGAGAAACCCAUACGACGAGGGCAAUGAGGAUGGCUAUAUCAACUUUGGAAUCUCUGAUAAUUAUGCGAUGCAGGGCGAGAUGACGAAAUAUAUAAAUGAACAUAUUCAUAUUGAAAAAUUAUCCCUCACGUAUGGUGAAGCACCCUGGGGACCUCGACGACUCCGCGCGGCGAUGGCGAAACAUAUGACUACGUAUUUUCAACCGAUCGAGCCCAUCGACCCAGACGGCAUCAUCUGCGUCAACGGGGUGACCUCUCUCGUCGAGAUGCUCGCCUGGAUCCUGGCGGACCCGGGCGACGGCAUCCUCCUGCCGCGCCCCAUCUACCAGGCAUUUAUCGACGACUUCGGACUGAAGGGCGGGUGUCGGCCGGUGCUGGUGGGGUUUCAGGGGCGGGAUCAGUUCGCGCCGGACGCGGCGCGCGCGUAUGAGGAGGCGAUCGUCGAGGCGAGGGAGAAGGGGGUUGCGGUGAAGGUGUUUAUUUUGUGUAAUCCGCAUAAUCCGCUCGGACGAUGUUACCCGCGCGAGACAGUGAUUGAACUCAUGAAGGUGUGCGCGAGACAUAAGAUCCACAUCAUCUCCGACGAGAUCUAUGCGUUAUCCAAAUAUCAGAGUACCGACUCCAACGCGGUUCCCUUCGAAUCGGUCCUAUCGUGGGAUUUCAGUCCCUACAUCGACAAAGACUACGUCCACGUCGCGUAUGGCAUGAGCAAGGACCUCGCAUCCAGCGGGCUUCGGCUGGGCACGCUGUAUACGACCAACCGGCCGCUGUUGGCCGCCCUGCAGGGCAUCUCGCGGUUCCACUCCGCUAGCAGCUUGGCCAUCACCGCCUCGACGCUCAUCCUCGAGGAUGAAGCGUACGUCGCGCGGUUCGCCGCGAAGGUGCAGACCACCUUGUCCGAGUGCGUGAGAAUCGCAGCCGAGACGUUCACGCGGGAGGGGAUCCCGUUCGCGGACGGGACUAGUGCGGGAUUUUUCCUGUGGGUGGACAUGCGGCAGUUUCUGCCCAAGGACGUGGACGGGUGGGAGGGGGAGAAGCAACUCGCGGCGAGGAUGGUGGAGAAGAAGGUUUAUAUGACGCCGGGAGCGCAGUUGAGUUCAGAGGAACCGGGGUGGUUCCGGAUUAUAUUCUCUCAUGAGAGGAAGACAUUGGUGGAGGGGUUGAGGAGGGUGAUUCUUGCGGUGAGGGCAGGAACUUGACAAUAUCAAGAAUGCCUUUAAAGGGGUUGGAGUGUCGACUGAACGCUAAAAAAUUAGAGAAGCGCGGGUUACAUCCGUGACGUUGCUGAUACAAUGGUGCGCCCUAUCCUUUCCGCACAUCUAAGAACCUAUAGACCGGUAGCGCCAUGCCGUGGAGCAUCCAUCACCCUUCUGAAACUAGCCGAAGGACAAGUAGUAAGUACAAUCAUCUCCGUGGGCCAUUCGGACCCAAACCAUUCUGCCCGGCCAUUGUCACCUCGUUAAACUUUUCCCUUACGCCUCCCACCCGUCCCGCCACUCGUAACACCGCAUCCU